AGGCGAUUCUGUCCAGACGAAGCACUGAAUUUAAGGUGAGCUAACUUUUCGCUUUGUUUCAGAGUCAGAAAAGACGAGAGAGGAUGACGGGGAUGCAGAGCUCGAGUCUGAAGACGUGGCUCUGCUCCCUGCUGCUCAUCCACCCUCGACCCGGAACUCCCCGACCCCUCCAGCAGACGCUGAGCACCAAGAGAACAGCAGCUUAGAUGAAGAGUCAGAUAAGACGAGAGAGGACGAGGCAGAGCACAUGUCUGAAGUCGAUGCUCUGCUCCCUGCUGCUCAUCCACCCUCGACCCGGAACUCCCCGACCCCUCCAGCAGACGACGACGCCGCUGAGCGCCGAGAGAACAGCAGCUCAGAUGAAGAGUCAGAUAAGACGAGAGAGGACCAGGCAGAGCUCGUGUCUGAAGGCGAUGCUCUGCUCCCUCCUGCUCAUCCACCCUCGACCCGGAACUCCCCGACCCCUCCAGCAGACGACGACGCUGCUGAGCGCCGAGAGAACAGCUGCUUAGAUGAAGGUACUGAAGAGCCAACGGAGAGAAUUUCUUUCAGAUCUGACUCGGCCUGCUCCGAGGAAGCAAAUGGAGCUGGCAGCGAUGUCGGAGAGACGCCGUCCCUUAUGCCUGAACCCAAACACGCAGAGACGGUAACGCCUCACGAGAUGCUCAAGCCCCAGGAAACAGAGAUGCACUCGAGAGGACACUCUGCAGGAAACGGACCGCAGGUUUCUGAGGAAGAACCAGAUGAACUGUCCACCCGCCCCCCACCCCCCCAAAAACCAGCCCGGGUGACAGCAACAACCACACCCCCCAAGAGUUUCCUCAUGCUGCACAAGUAGAGGAGGACGAAGAGGACAAGACCAGACACAUCAGCCAUUCAGAAGAGUUGGACAAAAGCAAAGCUGCCGAGGACAACCGCCUCCGCCCAGGAGACAAAACGAUCAAAGACGAGCGCGUCGGCGGAGAUAAAGAGCAGGUGAACUGACGAGAGAAGACGUAUAUAAUGGAGGGUUUACGUUGAGGAUGUUCAGUCUAAAUGAAGACAAACGUUUGCAUGAGUCGGCACAAAAACACCGGAGGGAGGUGGAGGCUGAAAGAGGUGGCCGUCGCUUCAAACCGCGACUUUCUUCUUCUUCUGUUCCUGCUGGGAACGACGUGAAUGUCUGAACAACAUAGACGGUAGUUGAGCGAUGGACCACCGACCAUAGAC